UAGGCUAAGCUGAAUCUAUAGACUAGAGGACCACAACUCUAUAUAGACUCUAGGGAGAAAGAGAAGGUUGAAGAAGAAGAAGAAGAAGAAGAAGAAGGGAAAUGAAACAAACAAGUUCCCAAUUUCUCAAACAAAAAUAGAGACAGAGAGUGAGAGCAAGAGAGAGAGCAUUGCAUUAUAUGAGGCAGCAGCUGAUAAAGGCAACAACCUUGGCAAGUUGGUAACGUGGAUUCAGUUCUUUUGGGGGAAACAAUCAACGACAACGACAGCAGCAAAAGGAGAAGACCCAGAAGAGCUUUCACCUUUCAAACCUCACAAGGCUUUCAAAAAGUGAUCUUGGAGCUUCAAAGUGAAGGAAAAAAGUGAUCUUUGAUUCUUCAGAGACCAACAUCUUCAAGACCAAGACAAAGAUAACAAAAGCUGAGGUAGCAGCAGGAACCACCACUGUAACCGAAACUUGAGGCAGCACCCUCCAUUUAUUACAGAGAAGAAGAAGCUCAAAGGAUAGAGAAACCACUCAGUUAAUUAUCAUUACUAGCAUUUAACUGUUGUUAUGUGUGGUUGGUGCUUUCUCUCUCAUGGGUACUUGAUGGGGUAAUAAUCCUAUUGUGCUUCUGAGUGAAGGAGCUGAAAAAGUUGUUGGCUUUGGCUUUGGUUUGCUGUUGGGUGUUUUUGUUUUCUUGUUGGUAUUUUUGUGGCAGGAAGUGGUUUUCUGUGACUGUUGAAUGGCACAUCUGGAGUGUAGCCUCAGGGGUCAGGGGAGUUCUCAGCCAGGAAAAGGUUUGAAAGAUGAUGAUCUGUAUAGAGAGCUAUGGAGGUUGUGUGCAGGACCAUUGGUGGAUGUUCCUCAAACUGGAGACAGAGUUUUCUACUUCCCUCAGGGUCACAUGGAACAACUGCAAGCAUCUACGAAUCAGGAAUUGAACCAGGAAAUUCCCCAUUUCAAUUUACCGUCUAAGAUUUUUUGCCGUGUUGUGAACAUUCAGUUGUUGGCGGAGCAAGACACUGAUGAGGUUUACGCUUGUGUCGCUUUGCUUCCAGAAUCAGAUCAAACUGAGCCUGAAAAUCUUGAUCUAACUCCUUCCGAAGCUCCGAAAGAUAAAUUUCACUCAUUUUGCAAAAUAUUAACAGCAUCUGAUACUAGCACACAUGGAGGAUUUUCCGUUCUGCGGAAGCAUGCUACUGAGUGCCUUCCUCCAUUGGACAUGAGCCAGGCAACUCCAACUCAGGAGUUGGCAGCGAAUGAUCUUCAUGGAUUUGAAUGGAAGUUUAAGCAUAUAUAUAGAGGUCAACCAAGGAGGCAUUUGCUUACAACUGGCUGGAGUACAUUUGUCGCAUCCAAAAGAUUGGUUGCUGGAGAUGCUUUUGUUUUCUUAAGAGGAGAGCAUGGGCAACUGAGAGUCGGCGUGAGGCGUUUAGCUCGGCAGCAGAGUCCUAUGCCUUCAUCUGUGAUAUCAAGCCAGAGCAUGCAUCUUGGAGUGCUUGCCACUGCUUCCCACGCUGUUAUGACUCGUACCAUGUUCUUGGUUUAUUACAAACCAAGGACUAGCCAGUUUAUUGUUGGUUUGAACAAGUAUCUGGAGGCACUCAAGAACAACUUUUCAGUUGGCAUGCGUUUCAAGAUGAGAUUUGAAGGAGAGGACUCACCUGAGAGAAGAUUUUCUGGUACUAUUGUGGGGGUUGGGGAUGUGUCUCAAGGAUGGUUGAAUUCUCAGUGGCGGUCAUUGAAGGUUCAAUGGGAUGAACCGGCAACGAUCCAAAGGCCGGACAGAGUUUCUUUUUGGGAGGUAGAGCCUUUCAUGCCUUCUCCGGCUCUGAAUGUCGCUCAACCAACAGUGAAGGGCAAGAGGUUUAGACCUGUUGAUAUUUCAUCUUCUGAUACUAUUUCCUACACUGGUGCUUCAGGUUUCUGGUAUCAAGGAUCUUCCCAGGCUCAUGAGCUUACCCAAUUUGGUGGUGGUGGUGCUGAAGUCCAAAGCAAGGAAAAUCAGAUUGUGAGCUCUCUUAGGCAGAAUGACAUUAGUAGCAACCCUAUCAAGACUAGCUCCAGAAUAUGGCCUUGUUCACCACAUUUGAAUGUCACUUCCAACUUUUUUUCUGAUCCCAAAAUCAAAGGGGUUAAAUUACAAUCAUCAACCAUCUCUAGUUAUGCUUAUGUUUCAUCUAGACCAAUUGAUGGCCCCACAUGUGUGGAAGAUGAUGGGAAGAAGAGUGAGAAUCCCCUAGAUUGUUGGUUAUUUGGUGUUAAUUUGAGUAACAACUCUAGCAAUGGCAUCGCUUGUUUGGAGAAAGAACUGGGAUGUUCAUGUCCAACUACUGUUCCUAGUGGUCCCAACGAAUCUAAUCCUGCUGGUGCAUGUGAAACUGAGAGGGUCCAGAGUCCUGACUUUUCACUGUCCAACAAGGGGCAGAGCCAAAUAAUUUCUGAGGCAUCACCAAUUGAGUGGCAGAAGAAGCAGGCCUCUGUGACUGUACCAGCCAUGAGGACUAGGACUAAGGUGCAAAUGCAAGGUGUUGCUGUUGGUCGCGCAAUUGACUUGGCCACAUUGAGUGGCUAUGAUAAUCUCAUAGAUGAGGUUGAGAAGUUGUUUGAUAUUAAAGGAGAGCUGCGUUUGCAAAACAAAUGGGCUGUAACUUUCACUGAUGAUGAAAAUGACAUGAUGCUCGUCGGUGAUGAUCCAUGGCCGGAGUUCUGCUCCAUGGUGAGGAGGAUUUACAUUUGCACAAGGGAGGAGUUGAAGAAGAUGAAAUGCAAGCUACCUGCUACUUCAUCAGAGGUUGUUGAAGAGACUCUGUUGAGCCCAGAUUCACAAAUUAGGGAUGAGGCUCAGCAAUCUCACAUGCCUUGAUGACAACUUAACUUGUUACCUUUUUUUAGUUUUGAGAGGGUUGGGUAGCUGAUGGUAUGGGUUAUGGAACUCUCAACAACUUCUGAGUAGUGGACUAGUAGUUAAAAAAAUGGAAGUUGAGUUGGAUUUUAGGUACUCUAUAUUUGUGAAUACCUCUGUUUUUCUUUUUCUGACAGUACCAUCAGCUUGUAAACAAGUACUAUGUUUUUCCCCAUCUAGUAGAUUGCUGGUCUGUGAUGUGUGGAAUGCGCUUAAUAUAUUAGUGUGUUUGGUUAGCAAAAGGAAAA